UUUUCGGGCUAGUACCGAGGGCCUCGCCUGUUGGAUUGUCCCGCACACCCGCCGGGGCAGCGGGCCGACAUGAGCCAAGUUCUGUUCCAGCAGCUCGUCCCCUUGCUGGUGAAAUGCAAAGACUGCGAGGAGAGGAGAGUAAGUGUUAGAGUGAGCAUUGAACUACAAUCAGUUUCUAAUCCAGUUCACAGAAAGGAUUUAGUUAUCCGUCUGACUGAUGAUACAGAUCCAUUUUUUCUAUAUAACCUUGUUAUAUCUGAGGAGGAUUUUCAAAGUUUAAAAUUCCAGCAAGGUCUCCUGGUGGACUUCUUAGCUUUUCCACAAAAAUUUAUAGAUCUCCUUCAACAGUGUACUCAAGAACAUGCCAAAGAAAUUCCAAGGUUUUUGCUACAGUUAGUUUCUUCAGCACCUCUUUUGGAUAACUCACCCGCACUUUUAAAUGUGAUAGAGACAAAUCCUUUUAAGCACCUUACACACCUUUCACUAAAACUUUUACCUGGAAAUGAUGUGGAAAUAAAGAAAUUUCUAGCAGGCUGUUUGAAGUGUAGCAAGGAAGAAAGAUUAUCACUAAUGCAAUCUUUAGAUGAUGUUACUAGGCAACUGAACUCCACACAAAAGACAUUAUCAGAAAAAAUUCAAGAAUUAGAUAAGUUACGGAAUGAAUGGGCGUCACACACAGCAGCGUUGACUAACAAGCAUUCUCAGGAAUUGACAAACGAGAAGGAGAAAGCCUUGCAGGCCCAGGUUCAGUAUCAACAGCAGCAUGAACAACAGAAAAAAGAUCUGGAAAUGCUCCAUCAAAGAAAUAUCCACCAGCUACAAAACAGGGUGUCUGAAUUAGAAGCAGCUAAUAAAGACCUAACUGAAAGGAAAUAUAAAGGAGAUUCCACUGUUAGAGAACUGAAAGCAAAACUUUCUGCUGUUGAAGAGGAGCUGCAGCGGACUAAGCAAGAAGUCCUCUCUUUACGAAGAGAGAAUUCUACAUUAGAUGCUGAAUGCCAUGAAAAAGAAAAGCACAUUAAUCAACUACAAACAAAAGUGGCAGUUUUAGAACAAGAAAUCAAGGAUAAAGACCAGCUUGUUUUAAGAACAAAAGAAGCGUUUGAUACAAUCCAGGAACAAAAGGUGGUUUUAGAAGAAAAUGGCGAGAAAAAUCAGGUCCAGCUAGGAAAACUUGAAGCUACAAUAAAAUCAUUAUCAGCAGAACUUUUAAAGGCAAAUGAAAUUAUCAAGAAAUUACAAGGGGAUCUGAAAACUCUAAUGGGUAAAUUGAAACUGAAGAAUACAGUUACUAUUCAGCAAGAAAAACUCCUGGCUGAAAAAGAGGAAAAAUUGCAAAAGGAACAAAAAGAAUUGUUAGAUGUUGGACAAUCUCUUCGAAUUAAAGAGCAAGAGGUAUGCAAAUUACAAGAACAAUUAGAAGCAACAGUUCAAAAACUUGAAGAAAGCAAACAACUUCUAAAAAAUAAUGAAAAGUUAAUCACCUGGUUAAACAAAGAACUAAAUGAAAAUCAGCUAGUGAGAAAGCAAGAUGUACCGGGACAUUCUGCUACUCCAGCCGCACAUUCUAGCAGCAACACAAUCAGAAGUGGAAUUUCUCCCAAUCUGGUUGAUGGUAGACUGACUUACCCGUCUUGUGGGAUUGGUUAUCCUGUCUCUUCUGCAUUUGCAUUCCAGAAUACCUUUCCUCAUCCAAUAUCUGCCAAAAAUACUGUCCACCCUGUUUCAGGACCAAAGGUUCAGUUUAAUUUGCAAUUUACAAAACCAAAUACAUCACUAGGAGAUGCUCAGUCAGGAGCCACUAUUAGUAUGCCUUCCUCAACUGACAAGGAAAACGGUGAAAAUUUAGGGCUGGAAUCUAAAUACCUGAAAAAAAGGGAAGAUAGCAUUCCUCUGCGUGGACUCAGCCAGAAUCUGUUUAGUAACUCAGACCAGCAGAAAGACGGCCCGCUAGGAGCACUGCAGACAUCUUCCAAAGCUGCUGUGCUCCCUUCUGUCUCGUCCGCCUAUUUCCCUGGGCUGUUACCAAACAGUUAAUUCUAGGGUUAUCUUUUACUUUGUGUUAUUUUAGAAACUCAGGUUGUUUAGAAAUAUAUUAACAAAAGUCAAAUCUUAUGCAAAUUUCAAAUUUUAUUUCACUUAUUCUUAGAUCAUUUGGAUCUUUUUAUCAAAUACUGCUAUCACUAAUAAAAUAGCAGGUGGUGAACAAAUUUCUAUUUGAGAAUUGGUAAAGAUUAAGUAAAUGGCAUCUUUUGGUUUGUGAACAUGGUGUUUUAUUGGAUAGCAGUAUGAAUUUUAUUAAAGUAUUCCUUAGAAAUUCAGUUCUAAGGAAGGAUUGGUCCUUAUAAAGGGAUAUUCUAAUUAUAUUGAAAAUCUGGGUAUAUUAAAACCUGUUUAGACCAUAAAAGUAUGAAACCAAAGAAUAUUAAUUCAUUUUAUCAUUUUUACUGGUAUAAGUUUUAAAUUUGCCACUUGAGAAUUAUGAGGGAAAAAUUAUUAUAUCCUAUGAUGUCUAUAUUAUUGGCAUUUACAUUAAAGGGACAUUUCUAAAGUUGCCUUAAAUGACAGAAAUGAAUUAAGUCUUCAGAGCAGGUAAAUACAAGUAUUUCACUUGAAACAUUAAAAUUAGUUAUCAUAAGUCUAUUCAAUACAUUUGAUAUAAAAAUAACUUGGACAUUGUAUUUACAUGACCAGAUUAGGUAUCAAGUGCAUUGGUCAUUUGAGCUGAAAAGCUUUUAAUACAGAAUUUUAGUGUUUCCUGAAAGUUUUUCCCCUUAAUUUGGAAUUUUACUUACUUUAUUAAAUCCUUAUCAGUGGCAUUUUAAAACUUAUGCUGUAUUUUUAGUGUGAUUGUUUGUAAUUUACUCUUUACUGGGAAGGAUACUUUGGUUUAUGUACAGAUGAAUUAAUAUUUGACUGAGAUGACAGUGAAGAGGGGCUACAGAAAAUCUUCAACAGCAUCAUGAAUAGUCAUUGUGUUUGUCAAAACCUGGGUUCUUUUUAAUGUUUACUUAAUAAAGUAAGCAAAAGAAAUAAUUUAGAAAUAGAACUUUUUUCUCUUCCCUACAAUUAAAUUUUAAUUAUGAAUUGUCAUUAGAGGGCCAG